UUCUUUUGAUAGUUUACAAACUGCAUGUCCCUACCCUUUCCCUCUCUACAAAGUUGUUCUUUUCUUCCAUCCUUAUUUCACUUGGUUUCUCUUUUCAACAUAACAGAAGUAUUCUUUUAUCAUUGUCUGUUAUUAUUAUAUUUCUGUCUUCCCUCCAUCAAUUGAGGAACUGAGAGAAGCAAUCCCAAAACCCUUCUCAUGUUUAUUCUCAAACUUGUUCUUUUCUUCCAUCCGUAUUCCACUGGCUUCUCUUUUCAACAUAUAACUCAUACAUUCUUUUUUUCAUUAUUAUUAACAUUAUUUUCUCUUUUCCCUCAUUAAUUGAGAAAUUGAGAGUGGAAGCAAUCCCAAAAUUCAAAUUACCUUCUUCUCAUGUUUGUUCACAAAGUUGAAUUUGGUCUUAACUGGGUGAUAAGGAAGGAAUUGCACCGUUUCACUCCAAGUGCAACUUUGGCUUUGAGUGCUUUUGAAGCUCUAACUCUUGAUGGGAAUUGCUUUUACCAAAUGGACGUGCACAUUCUUAUUUUGUUGUUGUCUCAUCAUUUCUGUAGUAUAUUCAGGUAAGUGGAGGGGUUACAUGGGGGUUCUAAAGUGAGAGGAGUGAACUUAGGAGGCUGGCUUGUUAUUGAAGGUUGGAUUAAGCCUUCACUGUUUGAUGGCAUUGCCAAUGGAGACAUGCUUGAUGGGACGGAGGUGCAGUUGAAGUCGGUGACGUUGGAGAGGUAUGUAUCUGCAGAGAAUGGUGGAGGAAUGAAUGUGACAGUUGACAGGGAUGCCCCAUCUUCAUGGGAAACCUUCAGGUUAUGGAGAGUAUCUGAAUCAGAAUUUCAAUUCCGUACCUCUGGUGGCCAAUUUCUUACAUGUGAUGGUGGAGGGUGCACUGUCUCUGCGACAGCAAAAUCAGCUUCAACAUUAGAGACAUAUGAAAUUGAGCGCAAUGAGAAAAGCAGGAUUCACAUCAAGACAAAAAACGGGGCGUAUCUGCAGGCUACCACAGGUGGUCAGCUAACAGCAGACUAUCCAGACACACCAGGAUGGGAUAACAAUGCUGCCACCUUUGAAAUGGUAAUUGUAGCAAAUUACUUACGUGGAGAUUACCAGCUAGCAAAUGGAUAUGGGCAUGAUCCCGCAAAAGAUGUUCUUAAGAGACAUAGAAAUAGCUUUAUCACUAUAGAGGAUUUCAAAUUUCUAAAUAAACAUGGAAUAAAUACUGUGAGGAUACCAGUUGGUUGGUGGAUUGCUUUUGACCCUGAUCCUCCAGAUCCAUUUAUUGGAGGAAGUCUUGAAGCUCUAGAUAAUGCAUUUUCAUGGGCACAAGAAUAUGAUACAAAAUGCAUAAUUGACCUUCAUGCUGCUCCUGGUUCCCAAAAUGGAAUGGAACAUAGUGCCAGCAGAGAUGGAUUUACGGGCUGGCCGACUUCUCCGGAUUUCAUUUCAGAGUCAUUACAUGUUAUUGAAUUUUUGGUUUCUAGAUAUGCAAGACAUCCUGCGUUGCUGGGAAUCGAGCUUUUGAAUGAACCAUCUGCUCCCGCAGUUCCAUUAGAUACUUUAAUUUCAUACUAUAAACAGGGCUACCAAAUUGUUCGGAAACACUCGUCAUCAGCUUAUGUGAUAAUCUGCCAGAGAAUUGGCAAUGCAGAUCCUAUGGAACUUUAUCAAGCCAACAUAGGAUCUCACAACUUAGUUUUGGAUUUACAUUUCUACAAUCUCUUUGACACAUUUUUUGUUAAUAAGAGCGCUGAGGAUAACAUACAGUACAUAUACAAAAGCAGGGAAGGUCAAUUGCAGGCCUUGAACAAUUCAAAUGGUCCACUCGUUUUCAUUGGAGAGUGGGUGAAUGAGUGGAGUGUGACAAGCGGAUCACAAAAAGAUUAUCAGGACUUUGGAAGGGCGCAGUUAGAUGUCUACAAUGAAGCUUCCUUUGGAUGGUGUUAUUGGACUAUAAAAAAUGACAGGGUGCAUUGGGAUUUUGAAUGGAACAUUAGGAACAACUAUCUUCAAUUAGCUAUUUAUCUUUGCAGGCAACUCACCCAGCAAACAGAACUUUAUCACUUUAGGAUUGUUAGGAAUAGCAUUCACCUGGUUUUCUCUUCUUCCCUUUUUAUGAAAUUUCUUAAAUGGCUGAAAGCAUAUUUGGUGUAGCUAUAUAUAUUUUUUUAAUAUACUUUGUUCACAUUGUUGGAAAUUAUAGAAUGCAAUAAAGUUGGGUGUGUGCCAGUACCACUUCAUAUAUAUGUAUGCACUCUCAACAUGCAAAAGGCUCAAUUUUCAGAUCGGUAUUUUAUGCAAA